AUGAGUACGAGUACUAUCGUCGGUCUUGUAUUGAUACUUGUGCAAAAUGUGAAUUCGCAGUUGGGUGCUCCGGACACAAUUCCGGAUGUUUUCGAUUUUGAUUUGUACGAACGAGUUUUGGAUCCGGAAUUAUGUCGAUCCCAAGUAGAAUAUAUGAAAACGGAAAAUCAGCUUUUACUUCUUAAAUUCCAAGACGUCAGCUUCAAAAUACCGACAGGUUUCCUAUCCAACGUAAACACCAAUGACUUCGUCCAGGUUCCCGUUAACCAAGAAAUCAGAUUGCCAUUUAUCGAAGGCUCUAACGGAGUUCUCAGUGGAGAACUCUUAGCUGAUGAGUUAAGGAAGACCGGAAGAGAUCCAGAGCUGGUGUUAAGGUCUGCAGGUCAGCGCGCAGAUAAUUCAAACUUGGGUUCAGUAUUGGACAACCUGACCCUCAGAUUAGGAAUGUGUAUGCCUCAAACUUGCACGACAGAGGAGUGGGUCACACGGCUUGUCAACUUCAAUGUCAGUGUGUUCGGCUUCAAGUACGAAGAAGAAUACUGCCGUCUGCCGAACGACAAACGUUGGGUCGCAGCGGAUUAUGUCGCUAUUGUCGUGUUUUCCUUCAUUGCAGUCCUCACAGUUCUAAGCACAUGUUAUGAUCUCCACAGCACCUUUACUCUUAAAAUAGAUCCGAAAAAAAUCAGUCCCCUGUAUAAAUCCUUUUCUGUAUACACGAAUACCCGUCGGUUGGUGACGUUCGCCCCAAACCCUAACGCCCUGGACUGUCUGGAUGGCCUCAGAGCAAUUUCGAUCAUGUGGGUUAUCCUUGGACACACUUUUUCCAUGUAUAACGUGUUUGCGAAUCUUCUGGAUGUUUUCGAUUUUCUAGUAUCCAGAGGGGCCACCUUCAUCCAGUCAGGUGUCUUUGCUGUGGACACGUUUCUGACAAUGGCUGGCAUUCUUCUUGUAUAUACUACUGUUGGAAAAAUGACAUCAAGGUCAUUAUUAAAAACUAUUCAUUUGUUCUACUUAAAUCGAAUCAUGAGGCUGUUUCCACUGCUGGGUGCCAUCGUACUUCUAGAAGCUUCUGUUUUUCAUAGAGUAGCGGACGGACCUUACUGGUUGACAGUGGCCAGGAACGUUGAAAGAUGCAGAAAUUGGUGGUGGUCUACCUUGCUCUACGUCCAGAAUUAUGUGAACCCAAAUGAUAUUUGUAUUCAACAUUCCUGGUACUUGGCCAUAGACAUGCAGCUUCACAUAAUAUCCCCCCUUAUACUAGUGUGGGUGUUCUCUGGCAAACGCAGUUACGCCUGGUCAGCCCUCAUUGGGUCGAUUCUGGCUUUUCUUGUGAGCGGCACAGUCUUUAAUUUCUUCUUCAACCUGCCGUCGAGUAACGCAAGUAUAGUUCGCUUGGCGGAACAAGCCGAUUACAUGGAUAAGUUCUACCAAAAUACGUUAACAAGAGGGUCCCCGUUUUUGUUCGGAAUGGCGAUGGGGUACUUGUUGAAUAUAACUAAGGGAAAGAAAAUAAAAAUACACUUAGCGGUAGUACUAGCGGCGUGGGUAAUAGCGAUCGCUAUGUUCGGAACAGUGUUUUACAUAACAUAUGAAGUCCUACAAUUGGACUGGAACAAUCAACUCGCAGACAAUUUGUACAACUCAUUUGCGAGGCCGUUGUGGGCGAUCGCUCUGUGUUGGCUCGUCUUCGCAUGUGUCCACGGUUAUGGAGGUCCAAUCAAUUGGUUCUUGUGCUUACAAUUCUGGAAGAUCCCAGCCCGUAUAUCUUAUGCGAUGUAUCUCUUCCACUACUCCUUCAUGUUUAUUGCAGCGGGAGCACAACUUAGGCCUAUAUACUUCUCAGUAGCUCAAUCGUUAUUCGACUAUCUCGCUCAUUUGUUUUUGGCGACAAUGGCAGCAUUCGUAGUAACGGUGCUAAUAGAUGCGCCGUUUUCAACACUUACCAAACUAUUGCUCGGCGGUGGAGCGAAACGACCCAGACGGCCUCCUCCGCCAGUUGAUAAAGUUGCCAACGAUAUUCAACAAGAGAACGGAAAUACCAGAAUAUAA